AUGUCUGAUCGCGCCUCGAACGGAACAUCAGGCAUCAGGAAAAGACUUCAAGAUCAUUGGGGUAAGUUCGAAUACAAUAAGAGUCGUAAAAUAGAGAAUGCUUCUGAUGGGCUGGUUACUGGAGCUGACGGAAAUGCACCUGAAGUAAUAGAUCUCACCAGUGACAGGGAAGUGGACGAUGGAACAGAUACGUCAGAGACAGAUAUUUCAGGUGGUGACUCGUCAGGUGGGACAACGAAUUCUCCAUCAACUGUGGCAGAGAACAUGGUUGACCAAGGAUCCUCCGGUGAAGAAGUAACUUUUCCCUUCAGAUUAAUCAAAUCAGAAAUAUAUGAUAAAACAACUACUUCUGAACAUUUUAUUACCCUUGAACAGAUUUUUGGACACCCAGAUCUCUCCCAGAGCUGGCUCUUUAGUUUUCAGUAUGAAUUGGAUUACAUCUUGCCCAUGUUUCACGAGGAAACAAGAAUAACAAUUGUUGCACAGAAGGGAACAAUUCUUCCAGUAACGCAAUUUACGCCACAAGUUUCUACCUUGCUCAAAAGAAUGAAGACCUUGUUAGUGUACAUGCCACCAUACGCAUGCCACCACUCCAAAAUGAUUGUGAAUCAAUAUAAAAACGGGGACUGCCAAAUCUUUAUUCCGUCUAAUAAUUUUACCUCAGCAGAAACUAAUAUACCGCAACAAAUUGUAUGGUGUGGGCCUCGUCUCAAGCCAAUUUUAGGCAAGCCUCAGUCAUCACUAUUUGGAAGUUCUCUUCUAACGUACCUGAAAGGGUACCGACUGGAUUUAACAACCUUGAUAUCUGCACUUGAAGAACUCGACUUCAAACAGCUGGAUGACUCAGGCACAGAUUUCGUUUUUGCACACCCAGAGGUCGCAACUAGUGGAUUGGCCCUGCUCAAUGACCGGUUACAGAAUCAGCAUCACGCCCACAAGCGUGAAAAUUAUAUGCACCAUUACCUAUGCCAGGUAUCUACGAUAGGAUCGCCUGUGAAGGCAGGACUCAGGACACCGGGGAAUUUGUUUACGCAUUUAAUGAUACCAUUGUUCUCGGGAUUAUUAGAUCCUAAGACCAAUUCUAAAACACAUACGGGUCGAAAGAUCUACGAACUUCCAGAUUUGAAAGAACGUCUUGACGCUAACAAGAUCAAGACGUAUAUAAUUUAUCCUACGGAUCAAGAAAUUAGGAAGUGUCCAAUGGGAUACAUGGCAGGCGGCUGGUUCCACCAUCACUGGAUGCGGAACGAGACAACAAAAAAAUUGUACAUGACGUUAAAAAAUUGGAGCGUGUUUUACAAACUGCAACCAGCAGCGGGCUCACUUAGGGGCAGCACACCAUCACACACGAAAUUUUACAUGAAGUCUACCACUAGUUCUCUAAAUUCAGUUCCCUUUGAAGAGGUUGAUUGGCUACUAUUCACCACCGGUAAUUUAAGUUUUAAUGCAUGGGGUUCUCCGUCCUCUAAACCUCGCAACUACGAGGUUGGCGUGCUUUUGACGCCUCGAGGUGGUACCAAGAUAACAGUCAGCUCAGCUGAAGAGCUUGUGUACGGCAAAUUUAAUGGUUUAGGGACGGUAUUAGGUGGGCUACAACUGCGAAAUAUAAAAAAGGUAUGCGUGAUGGUACCAUUCAAUAUUUCCCCAGCACCCUACAGCUAUUCAGACGACUCCUUCUGUAUCUCAAGUACCUACAAGGAGCUUGACACUCACGGACACUCCCACCAGCCACAGGACUAG